UACGCUCCCGCCCUUCCGGCAGACAGGAGCGUGCUAGAACGCGGACUGAAGGGCUGGGCAAGAGCGAGGAGGGCGGAACGGGUGGGAAGGCCACGCACGCGGGGGCGGUGCCUUGGCCGGGAAGCGGCGGCCGCUCGUGGUACGGAUCUACGGAGCGAGCGGCGAAGACAACGCCGGGCGUGGGCGCGAACGCUGCCGGUAGCACCCGGUGUUCUUAGGUCCCCUCGCUAUUGGACGGGACGCGGGAGAGCGCGGCGGGGGCGAGAGGUGGGAGCGGCCAAUGCGAAACUGGCUGGUGCUGCUGUGCCCUUGCGUGCUCGGGGCCGCGCUGCACCUCUGGCACCUCUGGCUCCGUUCCCCUCCGGCCCCCCACAACACGGAGCCCAGCGCUGCAGAUCAAUCAGCCUUAUUUCCUCAGGGGAAAUUUCGUCACUAUGAUGUGGUAGUUGGUGUGUUAUCAGCUCGAAACAACCACGAACUUCGAAAUGUGAUAAGGAACACCUGGCUGAAGGAUUUGCUGCAACAUCCUACAUUAAGUCAACGUGUGCUUGUGAAGUUCAUAAUAGGUGCCCGUGGCUGUGACGUGCCUGUGGAAGACAGGGAGGACCCCUACUCCUGCCGACUGCUCAACAUCACCAGUCCAGUUUUGAAUCAGGAAAUCGAGGCCUUCAGCUUUCCUGAAGAUGCCUCCUCAUCCCGACUGUCUGAGGAUCGAGUUGUCAGCGUGAGCUUCAGAGUUCUCUACCCAAUCGUGAUCACCAGUGUCGGAGUGUUCUAUGAUGCCAGUGACAUUGGCUUUCAAAGGAACAUCACAGUCAAGUUGUAUCAGACAGAGCAGGAGGAGGCCCUUUUCGUCGCUCGAUUUAGUCCUCCAAGCUGUGGCACACAAGUGAACAAGCUGUGGUAUAAGCCUGUGGAGCAAUUCAUCUUACCAGAGAGCUUUGAAGGUACGAUCGUGUGGGAAAGCCAAGAUCUCCAUGGCCUCGUGUCCAGAAACCUGCACAGAGUGACAGUGAAUGAUGGAGGGGGUGUUCUCAGAGUCCUCACAGCUGGGGAAGGGGCCUUGCCUCAUGAAUUCAUGGAAGGUGUGGAGGGAGUUGCAGGUGGCUUUAUCUACACUGUUCAGGAAGGCGAUGCACUAUUACGAAGCCUUUACUCUCGGCCCCAGAGACUUGUAGAUCACAUACGGGAUCUGCAAGUGGAAGAUGCCUUACUGCAGAAGGAAAGCAGUAUCUAUGAUGACAUUGUCUUCGUGGAUGUUGUGGAUACUUACCGGAACGUUCCUGCAAAAUUAUUGAACUUCUACAGAUGGACUGUGGAAUCCACCAGCUUCAGUUUGCUGCUCAAGACAGAUGAUGACUGUUACAUAGACUUAGAAGCUGUGUUUAAUAGAAUUGCUCAGAAGAAUCUAGAUGGGCCUAAUUUUUGGUGGGGAAAUUUCAGGUUGAAUUGGGCAGUGGACAGAACUGGAAAAUGGCAGGAGCUGGAAUACCCAAGCCCCGCUUACCCUGCCUUUGCCUGUGGGUCAGGGUAUGUGAUCUCCAAGGAUAUCGUUGACUGGCUGGCAGGCAACUCCGGAAGGUUAAAGACCUAUCAGUAGGGUGAAGAUGUCAGCAUGGGCAUUUGGAUGGCAGCCAUAGGACCUAAAAGACACCAGGUAAGCAGGGAUGGGAAUGCUGGCCUCAGGGCUCUUGGAGGUUUGCAAGUGAUCAUCCAACCCUUGGCAUAGGAAAUAAAAGCCUUUGGCAUCCCAGCUGUGAUUUUAAGUUGAGACACUAACUUGUCAUAUUUGUCUAUGUUUAAAACCAAAAAAGAAAUGCUAUAAUUAAAGUUCUUUACCCUCAAAGAAUAAUUAGAUCUUUGUAUUUAAUAAAAAAUCCUUAUAGUUUUACAAUUUAGAAUCUGUUGACUUGAGUUUCUGGCACAUGACAGUGAGAAGACCUCUCAACUCGUCUGACAGCAGACUUUACCUAGAAUUUUAUUUAUAAGGACCAGUGGUGUGGUGGCGGGAGUGGAGGCAGGAUGUGUGUGCAGAGACCAGAAUGGAAGGUAGGAAUCCUGGGGCUGGGAGGAACAAGUUUUUUCCCUCAUUUUUUGUAUGGAUUUCUGGAUUCUUGCACCUUCUACUCUGGAUGUAGAAGGUACAGAAAACAGGACAUGCAGUGUCUGCCAUUCAGAGCCACAUGUCCACACUUACUCAUUCAGGAGGGACAGCAAUAAGCUUGGGUCCUGCCACACUCCGUCUUCUCAGCAAAUCAGAGCUUUGUGAAACCUGCAGUUUCCAUAGGCUGUUUGUGGAGUUGGUUGAUGUGUGACGAUCCUUUAUUGUGACCCCACCCCCUUAAAUAGUCAUACAUAUUUUGUUCUGCCCUAUGGGCACCGUCAUGCCUAAUAAUUCACACUGCCUUCUGGAGCUGAAGAGCCGCCUGGACAGAAGGCUUUGUUCUCCUUGUACCCAAGGCAGAGUACCCACUUUGCUGCCACUGGUGAGUCCGUCAUUUAGGUGUGCUUUUGAGAGAUAGGGAUCACCAGGCACCCUUGAGGCACAGGCUGGUUCCGGCAGCUCGUGCCCAUCAUGGACACGAAACAACAUGGUUUAAAAAGACUCUUCGAUCUUACGCAGGAUUUGUGUUCCUAGAGUCAGGGUGUUUCUUCAUGCACAUGUUCUGUUAUUCUGAUUCUUCAUGCACAUGUUCUGUUAUUUUGAUUUUUCAUGCACAUGUUCUGUUAUCUGAUUCUUCAUGUACAUGUUCUGUUAUUCUGAUUCUUCAUGCACAUGUUCUGUUAUCUGAUGAGCAGUCUAGUACUUGGGACUUGCGUCAGGCAUCUGAGUCAUGCCUGCUCUUCUCAUAGCACAGUGAUGGGAGGAACUCAGCUUCACUCUCACAGCAUUUGAUACUUAAAUGAGGUGGUUUUAGAAGGCAUGGUACAUCCUAUCCGAGCACUGCUGCCACUGCGUUAGGACUAAUACUCUCUAGAAGGGAAUGUGAAAGCAUCCAUUUGUGCUCCCUGUACUUGUUUUCAUAGAACUGCAUGUGCUGAGUCCUCUGAGGAUCUAUUGUAUUUAACUGAUGAUAUAGUGACUGCAUAUUUAUGAGGUGGUGUGGCAUUGGUGACUCUUAAUCUUCACAUAGCAGUUUCUGUGUUCACAUCCCUAGGACUAUAAGGCCAUGGCACUUUUCCAAAAUCAGGAGUCAUCCCCAGCCCCAAAUGUCAUGAGUUGUUCAGAUUUGGUAGAGUACAGUUAGGUGUCCUAUAUAUAUUCCUUCCUGAUUCCGUCUCAUAUUUCAUAUUUGUUUCUCAACAGGACAGCCUGUGGCUGUGUGAGAAAACCUGUGAGACAGGAAUGCUGUCUUCUCCUCAGUACUCACCAGAAGAGCUGAGCAAACUGUGGGGACUGAAGGAACUGUGUGGGGAUCCUUGUCAGUGUGAAGCAAAAGCACGAUAACCCCAAAGACUAGGGGUUGUAAGUCCGAAGAGAGCCGUGGCUGGUACUGAGCUGUAAUUAGCAGGGUAUUACUAGUGUUUUGCACAGAUCUUAAUGGAUCAACUGAUAACUGCAGCAUAAGUUUUUAUUUAUAAAUUGAAAGAUUAUUUAUACCAAAUUAUUUUAUAAAAAUAUUGCUAAUUUCUGAUCACUUAUACUAAUUAGUAACUCAUUGUUACCAUUUUUGGUUAAAUGGCCAAAUUGAGAAAAUAACUCCAUUUGAAUCUCAAGUGGGAUUACAAAAUAGCUCUGCAUAACUUAAUUAGGCCAGAAAGACACUACAAAGAUGCUUUGUGGCACAGGGCCACAUGUACCAAAGUCUGGGCUGCUAGAAAUACCAGUGUGUGGGUCUCUGAUACAGACAACCUGGCCCUGAAAAGGAAGUGUUGUAAACUGAAGUUUGCUAUCUUUAAAGAUGUCUAUUUACAUACACAUCAUGUUUUCUUUUAUAGUUUAAUGUAAAUCCUGAGUGGCUCAGCUUAGCACUGAGACAUUUACUCCCCCUAAACUGUUUUUGUGAGUAUGAGUAAAAGUAAACAGCUCAGGGUUCAGUGUCACAGGAAGUAGCGUAGGAAGGCACUCUGCCUUGCUAAUGUCUGUCCCGAAGCUUGAAUAGGAGGUGGUGAUCUGUGGAAGACAGGCUCAGUUCAGGCAUAAUGUAAGAGAAAGUAUGUGGCAGGUUUGAAGAUGUGUUUUCUCAGCUUAAAGGACACUUCUCAGAAUGACCAACCAAUCACUGUUUAAAUCAUUUUUUAGAAGAUAAGCAGCCCCCAGCAGAUGUUAACUCUACUAGAUUUAGACUUUCUACUUCAUAUUUACAUCUUCACAUAGUGGAAUGCCGUAAGCUAUGAAAACAAAAAGGGCAGGAAAACCAAUAGUAAUCAAAGCCUUUAUUAUUCUAUUAAUAAACAACCGAAUGGUCUUUUCCCAACAAAACAACAUCAUUUGUGAGGGCAGAGGUUCUGUUUCUGGUGUACACAUUCCAGCCUUAACUCUCACGGUUGGCCUGCUACCAGCGCACCAGUAGGCAGUCUCCAUUCUCCACAGAAUAAAACUGUAAUGGCUGCAGGUCAUUUUCUAGUUCGAUUUCUCUGCCCGGCAUCUAAAAUUAGAAUCAAAUGGGGAGUAGAAGGACAGGGUGCAUGUUAUUAUUCACGUCACCCUCCAAUGGCAGGUGAGUUGUGAAGGCAAAGGCUGCCUCCAUUUAGAACGUGUUAUGAAAGGCUCACAGUACUGUGGAGAACGAAGCUUAGCUUUGUGUCUUUGCUUACAACGUACCUUGGAACUUUCGUAGGACAACAGAAGUUCUGACACAGGAACCUUGAGAAGACGUGACAGCAGUCCCUUUACCUUUUGAAUUGUCAUGGAGUCUAUCAAAGAAAAGAAACCUUUAAAUGAUGACUACAAGUAGAAACAGCUUAGGUGAGGCAGCCAUUGGUGGAAGGUUUAAGUCAUUCUACCAGGUGAUUCUUUUAACAAAAGAAUGGAGCCAGUGUUUGAUCUAAGUGGGCUUGACAGUGGGGUGUCAUACCAUUUUUAGUAGCAUUUACUAUUUCUUCCUCAAUCUGAAUAACCAGAAAUAAUUAUCUCACUGAAGAGGACAAAAUAUACAAAAUAUAGUCCUUUGUGAUACUUUGCUAAGGGGCUGCUGGAGUGGGGGCCUUGAGAGGCACCUCUCAGCCUUCUUUUCCCUUUAGAAGACAGCAUGGACUUGAGUGGUUGCUGGUCCCUCCCAGCCUGAGUAUCCAGUCACCAUCAGGAUGUGCACACAUAUGACCACUAGGUGUUGGAAAGAAACUGCUCUGGUCAGUUAAGAACAUAGUAGGAACUUCUUCCCAAAGACAGGUUGUGGUAAUAGUGGAUAUUUUGAUUAAGAAUAGUAGUUUCUCUGAAGCUUUAGCUGAAAGUACAGCAAUAGUGUGAUGUACCACAAAUAUCACUAUGUACUCAAUUAUUUUUCUAUAAAAUUGUUUUUAUAAAUGCUUUGUUUUUAUGCGACUUGUGAUAAUAAAUCUUCUCUAUUUUAGAAUAAA